ACUAGAUUGCAGCUCCCAGUCUGUCUCUCAGUAAAAGCUACAGAGUCUUCGAAAUGACUUAGCGAGCCAGUCGUCUGACAAGAGAGAUCUGUCGAUCGUUUUGGAUUCCCAGAAACAAAUGGCUCAAUCAGCGAAACCGAUCUCGAGCCCGGUUCCGGUAUCGAUGUAUCCAACCCUAGCCUUCUUCAUGCUUGCCGUUGGCCUCGUCGUCACUGCUUCCUUCUUCAUCUAUGAAGCUACUUCUUCUAGGAAGAACCGCAGCCUCGCAAAGGAGCUUACCACAGCGACUGUAGCAUCUGUAUUCAUGGGUUUUGGAUCGUUGUUCUUACUACUUGCCUCGGGAGUUUUUGUUUGAUCGCUUGGAAUGGAGCUGGGCAGAGUCUUGUUUUUCGAGUUUCUAAAAAAUUUUCUUUAGAACUUUAUUUGAUAUGAUAGAGUUUGAGGAGAGCCUCUAUAGAAUUUCAUCUCUAUUACAUAUUUUCCCUAGUAUAUGGAUGUAAUAUGAAUUUAGAGUCAGACAUUGAUCCCAUUAUACAAUUCUAUAUUUUUUAUUUAGGAGAAAGUCCACAAUUGUUAGCCGUGUGUGUAUUCUACUAUUCUGGGUGAAGUUUGACUUGUGAUCUUAAUUGACAAAUGAUCACAAGAAUGUAAGCCAACUUGAGUUGUCACAGACUCAUAAUUGACCAACUCAAAUCAAGAAAGUUAAUAGACAA